AUGGAAGUGGUGAUUUGCAUUACGGAAGGUUUUAUGAUAUAUCUUCUGCAAAUUGAAGCAAUUACAGAGAACAGUUAUGGGAUAAGUAAGUGAAAAAUCUAUAGAAUAAUUUUUUACUAUCCACAUCGAUGGUAUGCAAUUUUAGAUUCAGAGCCUAGCGAGGUAUCUAUUCAUUUUACUUAAAUGUGUUAAUUUUCUUUAAGCAACUUUUCUACCAGAAAACUUCGAAAUAGUUGUAGAAUUCCUGAAAAAAAAUUAUAUUUAAAAGCCAAAUAUUUCAGUUAUGCCAUGGCGAUACCGUCUUCAUCGUUAUGUUUUUAUGUUAGCACGAUGUUUGAUUUACAAAAAUAUCGCUCCAAUCUAAAAAUGACAUAUUAUCGAUUCUGUUUUUUUAUAAUAUUUGGCUAUUAUGGAGUAAGACAUUUUAGAUUCUGAUUGGUGCGAUGAACCUUAUAGUUCUAAAAAGAUGUUUGAUUUUUUUUCGUUUAUCUUAACGCAAUUUUUCCACCAGAAUACUUGAUCAGAUUUCUUCGUGUAGCAAAUUUUUUAAAAAAAAUCAAUGUGGCUUUAAACUCUAGGAUACUAAUUUUUCGUCAUUCCUUUUCAUCAAGAGGUUUCUCAUAAAAUUUAUACAAUCGAGAAAAUCCGGGGAAAUAUAUGAAUUGUUGGUGUUAGUUAAAAUAUAUUACGGCUUUUUUUUUUCCGUGCAUUACUUUCCAACUAGCGAUUUCGCUUCUUUUUCUUAAUGAUAGCAAUGUUUCAAAAACGAAAUUCUAUUAAGAAGGUACAUUAGAUAAGUCAGUUUUUUGAUUUUUUCAAUAGUUUUCCCAGCAAAUGUAAUAAUCUGGAUUAAACAUGGUAAAACCUGGAAAACCCUAGGAAAACUUACAAAGUCGGUGAAACAUUCAAUAAAAAUUAUUAUAGAAAAUAUAUUAAGCCUAUUUAAUUAUUUAAAAAAAAAAAAUAAUAUAUAAAUAUAUAUAUUGUUGACAAAGCAUCCAAUCAACUGAACUCCACUCAGAAUCGUUUUUUCGCCUGCAAAGUUUUAUCCUUCUAGUUAUACAUAAAAUUAUUUAUAACAGUGAAUGAUCCCGUCCUCAAUAUCUUAGGACGUUCUUUUCUCCAAUUAUUCUUCUUUUUCGAUACCUUAUUUUAUCCUUUGUUUUUUUAGUGUAAUACAGUUAAAAAUAUUUAUAAAGACCAAUAAUUUAGACAGAUUGAUUGUAUUUCUUUGUUUUAUAUAUGGUAAAACGUUUAGAACAUUGGGGAAAGUUUAUGCUGUUUAUAAAUAUUGUAAUUUUGAGAAUUUUUAAAAAACUUUUAUUUGGUUAGUACUCUGAUGAUAAAUUGAUAGACUUAAAAGAAAUGCUUACAAAUUUGAAAGGAGGAUCAUUUUAAGUAGAAAUUAAUAUUCAAAUAAUACAAUUUUGUUUUAUCGAUAUAGUAUUCUUCCCACGACCAUAAUAUUGUUAUAGGCGUUCGUCACGGUCACGAACAAUAUUAAGUUAAAAUAUUAUAAAAUAAAUGAUCAGACCAUUCAGCAGAAAUUUUUUUUACAUUAAAUAUUAUUUAUAUGUUAGGUAUAUAUGUAUACUAUAGUUUUAUAUGUAGUAAUGACAAUUUUAAUAUGGAACGUUAGUUAUACGUCGCGAUUACUUAAACUAAUGAGAACAAAAAAUUUGGGUCAUUGCUUUUCACACCAGCAUUGUGGAAAUAAAUACGUAUGAUUGUCGAGUGAAGACAUUUUAUUCGGAAGGAAAUUAUUUUCACUGAUGCCGUGAAUAAGAUCGACUUUUUUAAGUAGUCGUGAAAAACUUAUUGUUUUUAACUUAACUUCCUUUUUAUUGUAUUUUAUGUUUAAGUAUUAUUUUAUUAUGCUUAAAAUUAUCAUUUGCUCGAAGGAAAUUCAUUUCUUUACAUAACAUUAUUUUAUUCUGGAGUAUAUCUCAGUGAGAGUUCCAGUGAGAAGCUAUUGUGGUUAUUUAAAAGGUAACAAAACUUAAUUGGGCUUUAUCUCAAUCCUAUACUCGUUAUUGUUGCCAAUUAGCUAUGGAAUCAAAAUUUAGUGUAGGUAUUUAAUUUUAGUACGCUGUGGCGUACAAGGAUUAACUUUUCUAUGGCCGUCCGCUCAGCAAUGCCAAAUACUGAAGUUAUCGCGAUUCGCUUAAUGAUUUUUAACUGUAUACGUUUAAAGGAGAACCUUGAGUAUACGAUAAUGGCUUACUUUUAUUUAAAAUCCAGAGCAUAACGAGAAAUUUAUUGAUUUUACUAUGGUUUGUUUUUUUCAGUCUUGUUAAUAAUUUGGAGGGAUAAUAUUACUUUGUCAUUGUAGUUUCCAUUUUGGUUAUCUGAGGUCGGAAGUAAUUACAUAUUUAAAAAGUUUCUGUGAAUAUAAAUUGUGUUGUGAUUUUUUGUGAAAAAUAUUAUUAGAGAUUUAAUAUAUUAUAGAAUUUUCAUUUUAGUAUUUUGUAGCUGUGGUCAAGGUACACGUUUCUAAUAAGAAAAAAACAAGGUGUUUGGUUUUCUUUAAAGUUACAUAAAAACAUUCAAUAUUUUAUAUAAAUGAGGGAACAAUUUUGUAAUUAAUUUCUAUAUUGACUUUUUAUGUUAAAAUUCGUACUUUUUAAUGUGUGGGCUUAUAUUACUUUUUGAACGUCACUACAAUUUAAUUAUAACUCCUCAAAAUUUUUAAAACUGGAGACCUUUUUAUAAAAUAUUAGUACAUGUUUUUAUAUUUUGUAAAUUUGCCAUCACGUUUUUUUUCCUUAAUAAAAAUUUAAUUAAUAUAUUUUGACAUCAUGGCCAUUUUCGUUAUUAUUAUUUACGAUUGUGUUAACAAACAUACGGGGUUGAUUAUUAUUAUCCAUGUAAUUUAUUUAUAUGAUAUGAUUAUCCAUUGAAGGUUACAAUAAAAUCGUUUACUUCUACAUCUCUUGAGUUUAAAAUAUUUAUUAUUUAAUCAGCUGUUUGAUAUGAUUAUGAAAACUAAUCAAAAGACAGUGUAUAUAAUUAAUUAUUAUGUUGUAUUAUCUAGUAAUGAAAGGUAAUAAAGUUAAUUGGGGGGGAGUAUAAACCUAAUAAAUUGAUUAUUUUCUGGCAAGACCCGAACCUAAAGUCUGCCGUCCGCCAACGAAUUUAGCUGUUCUUAUUGCCAGAUAAUUUUUAUUGAUUAAUAUCAAUAUAUUAAAAUUAUAUAUUGUAUAUAUUGUAAUAAAUUAUAAAUCCUGGGCGGGUUGCACGUUAGCCCAAUAAUAUCUGAUGUCCGCUGGUCAUUAUGAUCUUGUGUUUAGUUGGCACAUUCAUAAUUUUAAUUUACUUAAUGACAGAAUCACCUUUUCAGAAUAAAUAUUUUACUAGUGUGAAGGGUAUUGUCAACAAGACUACAACAUCAGCCUUGUUUAGACGUUAUUAGUCCUUCUAGCUCAUACAUUAUGUACUUACGUGCGGAAUAUAAAUAUAGUUUUCUACUAUCUCAAAAUCUCGAAAAUGUUUUUUAACAUUUGUAAAAGUUAUAAACGUUUUUACUAUAUAAAUAUUUAUCGUCCGAAGUAAUUACUCCUUUGAAAGACAAAAUUAGUGAAUAUAAUAAUAAUGUAUCCAUAUUAUGGACAGAUAUAUGGUUUGUGUACUUGUAAAAUUAUAUAAUAUGAAUUUAAAUAUUGAAUAAUUCUAUAUUUUAUUUUUUAUUUAGAUGAUAUUGAAUUUGAAACAUUAUUCGUAUUCAUUAAGGACUUAAUGAUUGAGGUAAUAAUUGGAAUAUUUUAUGGAAUUUUAAUGAUAUUUGUACCGAACACAAUAUGGAACAACGCAUAUAAUAGACAAGAAAAUGAACUAAAUAAUAAUCACGAAGCUAAAAAUCGACAAGUAAAGCAAUUAAAUCAUUUAAAAAUUACCUUUUUUAUAAAAAAUGGUCACUCCGGUAUAGAUUGUUUAAUUUCUAGUUUAAAAUUCGAAAACUAUACUACUUUUGUAAUAGUCUAUCAUGGAUACUAGAUUUGUGUCUCCUAUGAAAAAUUAUUGACACUUUUUGUGUAAUUUCUAAUGUUAUUGUAUACUAGCAUAUAUGAUAGAGAAAAUGAUUUAUGAUGGUGAUAUGAUGUAAUCGGCACCUUACCUCUGUUGAACAUAUAAUAAUUCAAAAAAUUAAAUAAUUAUAUCUUAUAUAACAAAUAAAUAAUUCCUAAACGAUAAUUAGAAAAAAAACAUAAGAAAAUACUGACCUAUAUAAGAAUAUUAAAUUCAUGAUUUGAUAAAUUUACUCGCCACUGAAUAUGUCAUGAAUCCAUGUUUGUUGAUAUCUAAUAAUGAUACCAUCGAUUUUUACGGCGUCACAGAGCGUAUUAAAACAUUAUUCAUUUAUCUGCGUUUAUCCCAAUAAUUAGAAGUUAUAUUGAAAGAAAUUCUACGUUCGUUAUUAAUUAUACCUUAAAUAAACGGUACGCUGACCGUGAACCUGUUCACGGUGAAAAUAAAGGUAACGCCAUCGGUCGGGCUAAGUUUUAGUGGAUCGAUGCAAAUGGCAUUGAAGAUCCAGGUGGUCACAACUGUGAACAGUGAACACGUCUGCGGCAGCCACUAUACGUAUUGAGUAGCAUCGGAACGGUCACGAGGAAAGCGGACACGUGGUUAUUAACGCACACUGGACGGCCAAGGGGCAUGUUCGUAACGGAGCGUAACGUUUUUGAACUCUCCGUACAAAGUUUUCUCUGACAUACUACUAAAUCGCAUUGUCCCUUAUGUGAAGGAUUGAUUAGGUGAUUACAAAUCCAACUUCCGAAAAGUUCGUUCAACUACAGAAUAAUUGUCCAUAAAAGGUCAAAUAGUAGAAAAGAUGUAUGAGUGCCGACACAACAUUUGACAAUAAUUCGUAGAUUAUAAAUAGGACUAUGAUAGUAUUCGCAAAUAGAGACUCUGCUAUAUCAUGUACGAGCUAGAUUUCCCAAAAAAAUCAAUAACACUAACUAAAAUGGGUACGAAAAACACAAAAUACAAAGUGAGAAAUUAAAAAGUAACAUCAGGAAUAUUUACAGUGGGUACAGGGCUAAAGUGGGAAGACGCCCUGUGUUCGGUACUUUUAAAUCUUGCUAAAGAAGGUAGUAAGGAAGUUAUCAAAAAAUGAAGGUGGUCUACUAAUUGGUCAGAAUAAUAUACGGCUCCUCGGAUNAAAUUAUGAUUACAUAUUAUUAUUUAUUUUCUUAUUAUUCCUUUUCCAAACAAAUAUAUUCGAUCAUAAUUUUAAAUAUACACAUAUUUAUAGCUUAUAGGUCAGCGAUAAUCCAUAUAAACUGUAUAACUUGAACAGUUUCAUUUAUUUAUUUAAAUAGCCGAAAACGCACCUUAUAAAAAUACGUACUUUUCUGUACGUUUGUAUUAUUUUAUUAUUAAUUCCCCUAAGAUAUAUUAUUUUGUUCACGUUUAUUAAUAACCCAUCCUUUAGUAUAUAAGCCUUAAUCGCUUCCUGUAUCUAUUAGAAAUUUUAUAUUAUCAAUUAUCGUAAAGGGUGACUUCUCUACCGCAAUUGAAACAUUUUAUAUUUCUAAUACUAUUUCCCCUCUGAAAAUUAUUAACAAAAUUAAUCAUAUUUUUCUGAAAUUUCAUUGAAAAUCAUUAUUAUUCCUUAUAAUAUUACUUAUGAACCCGUCUCCUACUGCUAAUUUUCGCACUCAGCGAUCGUUAAUCAAAUUUCUCUCUGUAAUAACUGUCUCUUGAAUAGUUUGUUCCGAAGUAAUUCGUUUAUACAUUUUUCCUCGUUGUUAUUAAACAUAAUUAAUUUGGCAAAUUAGCCGCGGCAUAAGGAGUUUCAAAUUUUAAAAAUUAGCCCAGUUACGUAAAGCAUUGUACAAUCUACUUAUAAGAUCGCUGAUACAACCAUUUUUGCAAAAAAAUAUCAAUUUUCUAGAGUCAAUCGUACUCAUUAUCAAUUCACAUGUAUCUAAAAACGGUCGUAUUCCGCUUCCCCCGAAUAUUUUGGAACUAUAUGUUAUGCUUCAGUAUUUAAAAAUAUUUGCGUUUUCCUUUAGCCAUUGUCUUCAGACUUUUUAUUCGUUUAGAAGGUUUGUAAUUCAUUAUCGCAUAACGUAUAAUUUUAUUGAACAUGCAUUUUUUUCAUGCCUAAUUAAAACGGUUAUAACUUAGAAACUAUUCACCGGAUAUGGGUGUGUGAUACAUUAAAAGUGUUUGAAUAAUAUUUUUUACAAACCGGCUGUUUUGAAACUUUUUGAAAGUGAAUAAAUAAAAUUUACUUGCUUUUUGUCUUUAGGAGACGAAAAUAAACAUUUUAUUGAUUUGAUAAUUGAAGUAUUUUUGAUUAAUUACUUUAAUCGAUUUCACAACGAUUACGAGAAGUGUGCAGGCUCGUUUCUUUGAUUUAAUUUUGAAAUGGUUUUUAGGAAUUUUAUAUGAGUUCUAGGUAUAAUAUUAUAAUAAUAUAAUAUUCAUGUAAUCAUUAAUUAAUAUAAAUUUACGUUAGACUAUUAUUAUUUUCUAAAAUGUUGUUUUACAGAUAUCAGUUAUACGAUUCAUGUUAUUUUUAUUCGAAGGGUUUUUAAUCGGAUUAUUCAAACAGUGGCAACAUUUUCCAAUUACAUGGUCUUUAGGAUGUGCCGUAACAGCAUUGGUGGCAUGUUUCGGUUGGAAACGGAGAGGUAGAAGAGAAAAAAUUAAAAAUGAAUCAAUAUCAAGUAGUGUCAGUCAUGACGUUAUACAUGACCAAAUUAGUUCACUUACAAAAAUUUUCAAAUACUUUUUUACACUUCUAAUCCCUAUGAUAUUUGGAUUAUUUGGCUUUUAUUACGGAUUUCACAAUAUCGAGUUGAGGAAUUACAUUACCGGAAGAAAUUUGUCUGAAACACUAAGAAAUCUUAUUAUUACUUUUACUGUAAGUAUUAUUUGUUAUUGAAAUGAAAUAAAAAAGUAUACAUUAAUGGCAAUUAUAUUAGACACUUAUAGUAUUAGAAUACUUAAUGAAAGGACAACAACCAAAAGUAAGCAUGAUUAGAGAUUCAAAAUUUGAAAAAUUUAGGGGAACACAAAAAUUCAAUAUUCUUGUUUUGCAAGAUUUAGAUAAUACGCUAUAA